CACAGAUACCGUGGCACUACCGCUGUACGCACAUCAUGGCACAUACCGUGUGCUUGUCAGGAAUUAUCAAGCCACCUAGGUUGAAGAACUAAUUAUUUAUUUUAUAUUAGGCUACUGGUGUACAAUGAUUUUUAAAGUACGCCUACAUGCAUAGGUAUAAUUUGUCUAUUGCUGUUACGCUAUUCUAUUACUGCAAGGGCAACUUGUAGGCUGUGUGAAGCUCUGCUGAUUUCUGACUUCCAUAAUUGAUUUUCUACUAAAGCACGAUCCAGAAACAAUAUGCCAUCGUUGCGUAGUUCUAGUUGUGGUAAGCCCUUACUGCUGGAAAUGGUCCUCCUGAUGACUCUUGGUAUAUUCGUCGCUGGCUUCACUGAGAAAUCACAUUCAGCUUUGUCAGUUGUGGAAGACUCAGGACCGGUCAGUGUUGACGACGAGGAAGCGCAUGUGGAAGAGUUAGACGAGGCGGAUUUGGACGUCUUCCAGCCCACCAGCCAAUGGCAGACUCUCAAGCCAGGUCAGGCGGUUCCAGCCGGGUCCCACGUCAGGCUGAACCUUCAGACCGGCCAGAGAGAGGCGAAGCUGGGAGAGGAGCAGCAGGCCAGGUACCUCAGGGAGGGGCAGAGGGUGGUGAACACUGAGGCCCCGUCCUUUACUGCGGAGGAGCUCAAGGAAGCGUUGAAGAUGUUCAAAGAAGGAGUGGAAGAUCCCAGGGACACGCAGGCACAGCAAGAUGAGGACCUGAAGGCUCGCUUUCGACCCCUGGGGGAGUUAAAGAAAGAUCUGGAGGCGCUGAACAUGGUGGUGGAGACUGAUGUUCAAAUCAUGCGGCGGCUCAUCGACCAGUUCAACAGCUCCAACGCUACUGUGGCUCAGAGGGUGAAAGCACUUUUGGAACUCGAAUACCUCGUGCACCAGGUGGACAAUGCACAGAACCUGGUGUCCAUGGGAGGAAUGACACUGGUGAUUAAUUGUCUAAAUGGUUCAGAUGUAGAACUGCGAGAGAUUGCUGCAUUUGUGCUAGGCUCGGCUGUCUCUAGUAACCCGUCGGUGCAGGUGGAGGCUGUUGGGGGUGGAGCACUACAGAAGCUGCUGACCAUACUGGCUAUUCCUCACCCCAUACCAGUCAAGAAGAAGGCGCUGUUUGCCGUCGCCGCGCUGCUGCGUAACUUCCCGCAUGCACAAAUCCGUUUCCUGAAACUUGGUGGAAUGCAGGUGCUUGCAGACCUCUUCCAGACAGCCGGCGGAGAAGGCCUUCGCAUAAAGAUCAUCACACUCAUCUAUGACAUGAUCGUUGAGAAGGAGCUCAUGUUGCAAAGUGGUUUGGACCAGAUUCCCGACUCCUCCCAUCAGGAGCGCGUGCGCCAGUACUCGCAGGUGACGCUGCUGCCCGUCCUGGCGGAGCAGGGCUGGUGCCAGCUGGUGCCCGAGGUGCUGGCCGCUGUGGACCACGACUGGAGGGAGAAGGUUCUGAGGACCCUGCUGGCCAUGAUGCCACGUUGCCAGGAGGAGUUCCGGCUGAACCGCGCCCUGGGUCACUCCCUGGGGGACCUCCAGAGGCAGUACCAGGAGCUGGCUGACAACGAGCGCGAACUGGGAGAGGAGGAAGGCUACUUUGGGGAAAUCCUGACGCUAGUGGACACUGUCAUGCUGAAAGUACGAUGACCCCCCUAAUAAAGCGGGAAAAGUGGUUGUUGACAUUGAUUGACAUCAUUUGGACCUUGCGGCCAUAGUUGCCAUGCUUUUGUUUCAGAAUAAGCUUCUGGGAAGUUUUACACAUUCUUUACACAUACCCUGGGACAACAGUGAAGACCUUUGCCUUUAGUUGUGUCUUUCGUAAAAACACAAACGGAGGUUUUUCCUUUGAAAAUGAAUCUUUCCAGAAGCUUCAGCAAAAGACUUGAGACUUGAAUGUUUUUUUUUUCUUACCUUGACACUGCUGUGCACAGCCUUAACUUAUUCAUGCCAGCCCUUGGCAGUAUGUUUAUGUGGAUUUGGCGAUGGUGUGAAAGAAGAUUUUGGAAAACGGAGGGAAGACAAAUGUUUGUUUAUCAAAAUACCUGGCUAUGUGUAAACAGCGUAUUAGAUCGUUCUAUCCAUUGCAUGGCAAA